AGAAAAAAAAGAGGCGUGUGACGUCAAUUUCCUGCGUCAGGCGAGGCAAUUCUUUUCGAGUUGAAUGGCACGUUAGUUGCGUCUAAUUAUAAAGAUGCCAUUGCCACCAGCUCUCCUGGCUCGUCUGGCCAAGAGAGGAAUCGUGAAACACUCUGACCACGAAGCCGAAGAGGAAAUCAUUGCUGAGGAUUAUGAUGACAACAACGUAGACUAUGAAGCCACAAGACUCGAAAACCUGCCCAACAACUGGUACAAAGUCUUUGACCCGAAUUGUGGACUUCCGUACUACUGGAACGUAGAGACGGAUUUGGUGUCGUGGUUGUCUCCCAACGACCCCAGUGCAGUCAUCACAAAAGCAGUGAAGAAACAGAGAGUGGAGAUCGCAGACAACAAAGGAGACACUCACCAUGAGAAGCCGGACCGAGACCGCGAUCGCGACAAAGAGCGGGAGAGAGACCGGGACCGAGAUCGAGACAGAGACCGAGAUCGGGAGCGCGAUAGAGAUGAUGGGAGAGAGCGAGAGCGAGACAGAGAGCGAGACAGAGAAAGGGAUAGAGACAGGGACCGAGAGCGAGACAGAGACCGGGACAGACGAAUGAGAAGAGAGGACAGCGGCCCGUACAACAAAUCAAAGAGAGGUACUAAAGCCAAUAAUCUUGCAGACUGGAUCCUGCAAACUUUUACCCAGUGUUUCAACUUUUUGUUUCUUUAUGCAGGUGGAAGCCGGAAGCAGGACGAGUUGGAUCCUAUGGAUCCCAGUGCCUACUCAGAUGCACCAAGGGGCUUGUGGUCCAGCGGUCUGCCGAAGCGUAACGAGGCUAAGACAGGAGCAGACACGACAGCAGCAGGACCCCUGUUCCAGCAGAGGCCGUACCCCAGUCCCGGAGCUGUGCUUAGAGCCAACGCUGAACACACCAGACGUCUGGAGGAGGAGGAGGAAGAGGAUGACAAUGACAUCUAAGCAGGAGGAAAGCAUUUAUAGAGCCUUUAUAACAACCUGGAGAAUGAUAUGAACAGCCUGACAAAUGUAAUGUGUCGAUUAAUGGUUCCUUCCUUAUGCUUUGGCUCCAGUCAGGAAUAGAUACCACCAAUGUCCUAUUCUAUUACUUCUGGACACACUUCAGAGUCUAACAGAGUCAGGAAUCUAAAAACAGGCUAGUGUGUGAUUAUUUUAAAGGCAACUCUUCCCCCUUCCCUUCAGUGUAUUUGUAAAUCUAACUGUGUAUUAUACUAUUUGUAGUAUUUGCAGUGCCUCUUUUAACUACUGAACCAUCUUUACCAUAUUGAUGUUAAAUAGAAAUGUUCAGUUUCCUGGUGUGUUAAUUUUUUUUUUUUAAUAAAAAGAUAUAACUGA